AUGUCCCCCGGCGCUCCCGCAGGGGCGGCGAAGUGGCUGAAGACGGGCUUCGCGCAGGCGGCCGCGGCGCAGGGGCACGAACGUGCAGAGGCAGCCGAGCGGCAGCGGGGCGGAAAGCGGCCCCCGGCCCGCGAGUCACCUGUGGCGGCGCCGCCCGCGCCUUCCCCAGCGCGGGUCGCCGCGCAGCCCCGCCGCCGGCGCGGAGUGGCUCGCAGCCCCUCCGGCGACGGCAGCGGCCGCAGCGAGCCCCUCCGCCACGGCCAGCUGGACGCCCCUUCCCCGCCGGCCCUUAUAGGUGUACGCCGGGCGGCUGCCGCCCUGUGUGGCAGCCUCGGCUGUCAGUCAGCCGGCAGCCAUUCACGGGGCAGGAGGACGGCGCCGUGCGGCGCGGAGGGAGGCGGUGCCGCCGCCGCGGAGAGGCGUCGAGGCACCUCGCUUCACCUGCCGCCGGCUCAGCUCGGGGCGGGGCGAGCUGUCUGCUGCAGCUGCAGCUGCUCCGCUUUCCCCCUGGCCGAGGGGCGCAGGUCGCGGGCGGGGAACCGGCCCGCAGGGGCUCCACAGCGCCGGCCCUGCCGCGGCCGGGGCGCUGCGCGGGGCUUGCCCGGGGAGUGUGGCAGCGACACCUGCUGGGCGGGCGAGGGGCGCGUCGCUGCGCCACAGACCCGGGGGCGGCCGGGCGGGAAGCGCCGUGCGGCGGCCGCUGGGGCUGGGGGAGGCGGGGGGUGCCGGCCGGUAAGAAUACCGCCACCGCGGGGGCACGGCAGGAGCCCGGCGCUCCGGGGGAAGGCGGCUGCAGGCAGAGCCGCGCAGCGUGGGCUGGUGCCUGUCCGCUGUGGGGGAGGCGCGCUCGCCUCAGGCAGUUCUGGGGUGGGUGACCAAGUGGGCGCAAGCCUGAGCUUCGGCUUCCCUCGGGAGGCAUGGAUCAGCCGGGCCGCACCGGGAGGGAGGAGGAAGGCGUUUGGCAGCGGGCACGACGCUUGGGUGGGAAUGGGCAACUUUGUCUUCUCCAGGCCCACGACCCAGAUGCCCCCAUCGUCUGCAGAUGCUGUCACAUUGCCCAGGCUUCUUGCAUGGGCUGCCCCAUGUCACCUCACGCAUAACUCAGAACGGCCCAGACAGGCUGCAUCGCACUGUAGUGGGAACUGAGUCGUGUCCCUGUCCCUUCAACUACAGUGGCUGGCUGAUUGUAUUUCUGUAACCAUAACCUUUCGUCCUUUUUUUAACUCCAAGGUGCUAAUUCCUACUGCUGUCUUCAAAACUAAGCAAGCUCUUAAUCCAAUGGCUUUCAUCGCUGACCUGCAGAGCACCUGCGUGGAAUCAAAGCAGCUCUGGCUGAUCACCUAGCUUUGCCCCUUGCUCUGCUGAAACCAUCCUUGGAAAAGCACAGGUGGAUUCAAGAGUUCUGCCAGAGCUGCUGCUUCAAGCCAUCCACCAGCAAGGAAUCGAGGCAUCUGACCACUGUCCUGCAUAUUUCUGAGUUGUUAACAACUAUCACAAUUGCUGCAUGCAAAGUACCUGUACAUGAAGGGUUUUGAUUCAUUGUAUUACCUAUCAGGCUAGAAGGCUGCAUUUAGACGUGGCGUGAGCUCAACCUGAGUCUAAUUACAGUGUAGAAAAAAUAGCAGUGCAAAAUGUUACCAAUUUUUAACAGACUAGAGUAAGUGUAACCUACUUUCUCCAGAUACGAUCUGUGUAAAAAGAUCUUGGUUUAUCUGAACUAUUUGCAAUGCUAGAAGCAUCAGAAUUACUGCACUUUUAAAACCAAUUGGAAUGAAGGAAAGACUGUUCUAGCCGUGAAAUGUAUUUCAAGACCCAUUUAUUAAUAUUUGUCCUAAACUAAUUAGGUGAUACAAAGAGUAUACUUACUAAGAGUAAGUGCUAAAAUUCUGAGAAUGAUGCAUUUUAUUUCUCUCAGAAAACAGAAAUAAAAUGUUUAUCAAAAUCAUUGCUAAUGGUAUUUAAAAACAGAUUAAAAAUAAAGUGAUUUUGAAAUAAUA